CAGCGAAAGAAAUCCAGGUGGUGCCACCUCCCACGUCAAACGCACUAGAAAUAUUUCAGUGCACUCGACACCACACGGUCCACACGACACGAUCCGUAGCGUCUUUUUUGAACGCUCCUCUCGGCUCUCGCUUGCCUCGUUUCCUCCUCGAUUCCCGUGCUUCUUCUUCUUGCUGCUCGAUUCGUGGCCUCCGUUUCUCCUCUUCCUCGAUCGCUCAAAGAUCGACACACCGAGCGAGCGAGGCGAUGCUUUGCUUUAUUGAUGGCGAGCGAGCUACGGUUGGUGUGAAAUCCAGAAAUUAUUGGUGAGUUCUCUCCCUCUCUCUCUUUCUGCCCGGCCCGGAUUGCAGCAAGAAGAAGUCCAUCCAAUCUCGUCGCGAGUGCUCGCCGGAGUCUUGGUUUCGUUGCCGGCGACGCUGGCUUGUUCUGGAUUGGGGCGUCAUCUUCCCGGAUAGCAAUGGCGGGGCUGGUGAUGGCGGCGGCGGUUGUGGUGGUGGCGGCGGCGGCGGCGGCGGUGGAGGGGCUGGGGAUGAACUGGGGGACGCAGGCGACGCACCCGCUGCCGCCCAAGGUGGUGGUGCAGAUGCUCAGGGACAACGGGAUCACCAAGGUGAAGCUGUUCGACACCGACUUCGCCGCCAUGAGCGCGCUCGCCGGGAGCGGCAUCGAGGUCAUGGUCGCCAUCCCCAACAAGGACCUCAACACCAUGGCCAGCGACUACAGCAACGCCCAGAGCUGGGUCAAGAAGAACGUCAAGCGCUACGACUUCGACGGCGGCGUCACCAUCAAGUAUGUGGCCGUUGGCAACGAGCCUUUCUUGAAGACAUACAACGGCUCGUUCAUCAACAUCACCUUGCCGGCGCUGCAGAACAUCCAGAACGCGCUCAAUGACGCCGGCAUCGGCGACCGGAUCAAGGCCACCGUCCCUCUCAACGCCGACGUGUACGACGGCCAGUUGCCGUCCGCCGGCCGCUUCCGGCCGGAAAUCUCCGGCCUGAUGACGGACAUCGUCAAGUUCCUGGCCAAGAACAACGCGCCCUUCACCGUCAACAUCUACCCCUUCCUCAGCCUGUACUUGGACGACAACUUCCCGGUCAACUACGCCUUCUUCGACGGCGGCUCGACGCCGGUGAACGACGGCGGCGUCCUGUACACCAACGUGUUCGACGCCAACUUCGACACGCUGGUGGCCGCGCUCAAGGGGGUCGGGCACGGCGACAUGCCGAUCAUCGUCGGCGAGGUCGGCUGGCCGACGGACGGCGACAAGAACGCCAAGGUCGCCCUCGCCCAGCGGUUCUACGCCGGGCUGCUGAAGCGGCUGGCGGCGAACGUCGGCACGCCGGCGCGGCCGAACCAGUACAUCGAGAUGUACCUGUUCGGGCUCGUCGACGAGGACGCCAAGAGCGUCGCGCCGGGCAGCUUCGAGCGGCACUGGGGCGUCCUCCGCUACGACGGCCAGCCCAAGUUCGCCAUGGACCUCACCGGGCAGGGCCGGAACACGAUGCUCGUGCCGGCGAGGGGCGUCCAGUACCUGUCCAAGACAUGGUGCGUGAUCAACACCAACGCCAAGGAUCUCUCCAAUCUCGGCGACAAGAUCAACUUCGCCUGCACCUUCGCCGACUGCACGCCGCUGGGCUUCGGCUCCUCCUGCAACGGCAUGGACACCAAUGGCAACGCCUCCUACGCCUUCAACGCCUACUUCCAGGCGCAGAGCCAGAAGGAGGAGGCCUGCAACUUCCAGGGCCUCGCCGUGCCCACCCAGACCGACCCUUCCACCAACGCGUGCAACUUCACCAUACAGAUCAAGUCAUCGGCGGCGACGACGGCGACGGCGCCAGUGGCCGCCGGCGCGCUCGUGGCGGUUGCGGUGGCGGCGGCGCAGCUCCUGCUUCUCUGGUAGCGUUUUGUGCAGCAUGUACUGGGAUCAAUGUGCAUUGUUGAUUUGUUUGCAUUCUUUGGAGAUUUUACCCUCCUCUCGCGGCGUGGAUUAGAAGAAGCCGGUGGUUCAGAUGCUUUUCUUUGAAGGAUUAGAGGAGUGGUUAAUUUGAUAUGUAAUUAAUUAAUUUGGGUACAGUUUAUUUGAAAUUAGUUCAAAGAUGGAGCUUGCUAGUUGCUUUCGUUUUUGCAUCCAACAACAGCAAGUUCGUAGCGAAAGGGCAUGUAGCCUAGUGGUUAUAAAGGUCUUAGAGCGUCCCCAA